AUGUCUGGUAUCUUCGGACGCAAGCUGUACACGACCUUCUGGGAGACGGCAAGUCCGUUUCUAGGACGAGGGUUGCGCGUCAAUCGCACUCAAUAUCUCCCCGAUACAGUCUCCGAACCCGCCCACGACUUUGUCUUCAAAAGACAUGCCAAAAGGUUUUCAACCGCAGCCCCCCGCAAGACAAAACAAAUCACACGGCGGUUCGCCUCUGGAAGCUUCCUUGUCCUCGGUGUCUCUCCCAGUUCUCCUGCAGUAGAGACUGGGGCAACAUGUGCAAUCACUUCAGAAAAAAUUUCCUCGCAUAGGAAAUUUCCAUUUGAUAGACGGCUUCCACAGACCAUAUCUUAUAAUAUACAAACACGGGGCUUUCAAACGAGAAAGGAUAACGCUUUGAAAACAAGCACACGAACCGACGCUAGCAACAAACCAGGCGCAAAAGAUGCUGAAAAUGAUCAUGGAAAGGAAGCACCGGGCGCAAAAACGAUGAAUCGUUGGAAUAAACACGAAACUGCUCCGUCGAACCGGCAUUUAAUCAACCGUUUACCACAUAUGCCGCACAUCCAUCGCCCCACGAAAGAGGAGCUAUUGGCCGCUGCAACUGGUUUCUGGUCAAGACUCAAGGUACGAUUCAAGUGGUUUUCUAUUCGAAGUGUCCGUCCAUUCAACCUUGAUGAAAUAACCGCGCUUUUCUCUUGGGUCCUUUUGGGCCAUGUUGUCUGGAUUGUUUUGGGAACAACGACUUUCUUCUCCUUGUUAAUCAUUGCGAUAAAUACCGUGUUUGCUCAAGAAACUCUGGCUGGAUGGAUUGGUAACUAUCUUACCAAGUCAUCUGGUGUUAAAGUGGUAUUCGAAUCUGCUAUCGUCCCUAAAUGGAGGGAUGGCGUGAUUACUUUCAAGAAUGUCUUUGUAUCGAGGCGGCCUGGUCAAGGAACUGGCCAUGUCAGCAAAGGCUCCUCGAAGACCGCUGCAGCCGCCGCCGCCGCUGCCCUAAGUGACCAGGCUACCACCGAUUUGACAGAACGCGGCCCACUGGAGGAGGAAGAAGACAUCAAUUACACACAAUUUGACGUUUCAAUAGAAACGGUGAAUGUAACACUAUCAUUCGGGAGGUGGAUAAAUAGUAAGGGGCUUCUUCGCGAUGUCGAAGUGAAAGGUGUACGGGGUGUGGUUGAUCGCAGAUCCGUCUAUUGGUCGGACGACUCACUCGAUCCCAAAUCAUAUCGUCACGAGCACAAUCCUGGGGAUUUUGAAAUUGAUUCGUUUAAAAUGAGCGAUCUGCUUGUGACAGUUUAUCAGCCUAAUAACUUUAGACCAUUUUCCGUGAGUAUAUUCUCCUGCGACCUUCCCCAACUAAGGAAGCAGUGGCUGUUCUAUGACUUCUUAUCAGCCAACAUGAUGUCGGGGUCAUUCGACAACUCGUUAUUCACAAUUCAUCCACGCCAAACGCAUAGCUUCACCGGUGCGCAACUGGACAACGGGGCAGGGGAUGACGGUAAACCGACGCCUUGGAAAAAGCACAGCAGAAUACGAAUUGAUGCAUUGAACAUUGACCACCUUAACCGCGGCGUAGAGGGCCCAUUUGGGUGGAUUCACGAAGGGGCCGUGGACAUUGUUGCCGAUAUCAUGUUCCCUGCCGACAAUGACGAGAGCAUUGCCAAGGUGAUGGCCGAUCUUUACGACCGAUUAGAAGCCACUGUCACCUCGAAUCAGUAUACCGAAGACUCAACCUUACACGAGUCAAAUGAGCCGGAUGAGGCCAGAGUCAGUGAUGACAGGCGCUUCUUAGUCACAGACCUGCGACUACAUCUUAAUAACGUCAGAGCCGUUGUUCCAAUAUUUACGCGAGAUCUGUCCUACAUCAAUAACGCGCUGAUUAGGCCCAUUGUCGCCUAUAUUAAUUCGCGGCGCACUUUCAUUCCUGUCAACUGUCGCCUGGUGAAAAAAGUGGGAGAUUUUGAUGGCAGCUGGACCAUCUAUGAUAGCGGCCUCAUGGAUGAUCUCUCGGCAGCUGUAUACGAUGCAUUUGCUCACGAUGUUGUUGAUGAGCAGGCACGCAAGCGUCGCUUCAAGAAAGUUGGCUUCUGGUCCCUUCAAUUGGCAGCGCAAGCGAUUUUUAUGGGGAUGGCCGGGAAUAUAGCUUAA